AUCGCUUCUUUAUAUGACAGUGCAUUCGAAAUAUCACAUAUUGAGAGAUAAGCCGAAUCGCCCUGAAGCUCAAGAAUUAUCCAUCCAUAGGUGGGAUGCAAUUUUCACCUCACCCAAACAAUCAGAUCGAGAUAAAUGGAUGCAUUCUAUUCGAUGCUCUGGAUGAUGAUAGUAGGAUUGUUAGGACCUGUUUUUAAAAUAAAGGCAGAAUUAACGGGGUGCAGCCAGCCUCUAGGUCUAAUGUCAGGUUCAGUUAAAGAUUGGCAGAUCAGUGCCAGUUCCGUGUUGUCUUCUUCAAAAGAACCUGGGUGUCAGAUGAGAUAUGCUAGGCUUUACCAGCUGAGUGGGCACGCCUGGUGUGCUGGACAUAAAUCCGCUUUCGAAUGGAUUCAAAUCGAUUUAGGAGUUGCAGCAAAGGUGACUGGAAUUAUGACACAAGGGAGAGGAGACGGUAAACAAUGGGUCACGUCUUACUUUUUAUCUCAUAGCUCCGAUGCUUUUCAUUGGAAAUAUUGUACGGAUUCUUAUGGAACAAGAAAGGUUUUUAUAGGAAAUUCUGAUUCUCAUACAAUUCAACAAAAUUACCUAGAUCAUCCAAUUAAAACACGAUUUCUAAGAUUGCAUAUAUUAGAAUGGAACGAUCAUCCUAGUAUGAGAGUUGAAAUUCUUGGAUGUCAAGAAUGCAACCAAAUCAUUAGUUUACCGCCACAAGCCAAAAUGAGUGCCUCAAGUUGGAGACCAUGGAACAAACAAAAAACUUGCAGUCCUGAUGAUGGUCACAUAUAUAGUCAGAGUGGUUGGUGCGCUCGAAAGAAUGACGCCAAUCAGUGGCUUCAAGUCGAUUUAGGACCUCCUACAGUGGUUACAGGCUUAGUCACUAAAGGAAGAGGCGAUAGUAAGAGAAAACAAUGGGUGGCAUCAUUUCUUAUAUCAUACAGCAAUGAUAGUAAUAUGUGGUACUUUUAUAAAGAAGAUAGUUACCUGAAUCCAAAAGUCAAGGAAUUUGGUGGAAAUAUGGAUAAGAAUACGGAAAGGCAUCACUAUUUAAAUCAUCCAUUUGUGAGUCGAUAUGUAAGAAUCCAUCCAACUUCAUGGCACGGGAGAGUCAGUUUAAGAUUGGGUGUAAUUGGAUGUCGUCAUACAGGUGAUUGUGGUCCAGGAUUUUUCAGAAUACAUGACUGUACAGAAUGUGUGGAGAAUUUAGCUUAUCAAAAAGAAACCUGGGUAAACGAUAAAAGACAUGCCUGGGUUGGAUGGAAAUAUGGACAUUCUUCUUUUGCUGUGGAUGGAGAAGCAGACAAUCAACUUCAAAAAUGUGCUAUUCUCGAUAACUAUUAUGUGGAAUACCCGAUUUGGAUGGUUGACCUCGGACAAAAGAGAACUAUACGCGGUGUCGUGAUUGUCACUUGGCAGGGUAAAGGUCAGGAUCGAGCUACUCCUUACAGAGAUUAUGUUUAUAAAUUAGAUAAAUUAACAGUUUAUGUGGAAGAUAAGCCCAGAUUGGAAUCCAUUAUAACUGGCAAUAAAUGUGGAUCUGUAUCGAGAAUGAACGGAGCAGUUUUUCGUAAAAGGAUCCUCAUCGACUGCCCAGCUAAUAUGAAUGGCAGGUACAUAUACGUUAAAGCCACAGGAGUACCUAACAGUCAUCUAAAUACCUCAUAUCGACGGGGCUUAUGGUGCCAUCAUUAUAAUUCAUCUUUAACAUUUAACAAAUUCUAAGUGUUUUAACUUAUUAAAAUAUUCAUUUCAUCCAAAUUUGUUUUGGAAUAUAUACAAUAUAUAUAUUUUUCCCAACUUGACAAUGACUGCAGUCAUCGACAGUGCAAAGCAAUAACGGUUUUUUCUUUUUUGUGAAAAAUUCAUUCGAAGUCUUCCUUUUGUCACUGUUGAUGUUCGUUCGUUGUAAAGUUUGUUUUAAACUUUAAAAAAAGAGAGAGAAAAAGUAGAUUUUUGUCUAAUCAAUAAUGAAUUAAUUACAUUAUGCAAAUUCAGAAACUCUGUAAUAGUAAUUCAAUUAAUAAAAUAGAAUUAUAAUCA